AUGAGCAGGGCUCAAGAGGUGAUGAAGGUGUCAGACGGCAGUCUCCUGGGGGACCCCGGGCGCACACCGCUGAGCAAGAAGGAGGGCGUCAAGUGGCAGCGGCCAAGGCUCACUCGCCAGGCCCUGAUGCGGUGCUGCCUGGUGAAGUGGAUCCUGUCCAGCACAGCCCCGCAGGGCUCAGACAGCAGCGACAGUGAGCUGGAGCUGUCCACGGUGCGCCACCAGCCGGAGGGGCUGGACCAGCUGCAGGCACAGACCAAGUUCACCAAGAAGGAGCUGCAGUCCCUCUACAGGGGCUUCAAGAAUGAGUGCCCCACGGGGCUGGUGGAUGAAGACACGUUCAAACUCAUUUACUCCCAGUUCUUCCCUCAAGGAGAUUCCACCACCUAUGCGCACUUCCUCUUCAACGCCUUCGAUGCAGAUGGGAACGGGGCCAUCCGCUUUGAGGACUUCGUGGUCGGUCUCUCCAUCCUCCUGCGAGGAACAGUCCAUGAGAAACUCAAGUGGGCCUUUAACCUUUAUGACAUUAACAAGGACGGCUACAUCACCAAAGAGGAGAUGCUGGCCAUCAUGAAGUCCAUCUAUGACAUGAUGGGCCGCCACACCUACCCCAUCCUGCGGGAGGACGCGCCCCUGGAGCACGUGGAGAGGUUCUUCCAGAAAAUGGACCGGAAUCAGGACGGGGUGGUGACCAUUGAUGAGUUUCUGGAGGCCUGUCAGAAGGACGAGAACAUCAUGAGCUCCAUGCAGCUGUUCGAGAACGUCAUCUAG